ACUUAUUGAUAAUGAAGAUACCGAACUGUAGAGUAAAACUACUGUCAAUCGAGUUGAAGCAGUCGUGUCGCGUGCUGGGAAUAUACGAUAUCUCUUUCUCAAUUAUUGAUAGCGUUUAACACAUUCUUGCGAAAAUAUAUCUGUAGUCAAUAUAAUUCGCAGCUGAAUAAUCAGAGCUCAAAAGAAUGGGUUCAGUUUCCAGUACAAAGGCGUCAUCAAUCAUGCCUGCCACACGAGAUCUUGUCCAAGAACUCAUCGCAAAGGAUUCUGUUGUCAUAUUUUCCAAAAGUUACUGCCCAUACUGCAAAAUGGCCAAAGAGGUUUUUGAAUCAUUGAAAAAACCAUACACAGUAAUAGAAUUGGACAACAGAGAAGAUGGGCAAGAUAUACAAGAUGUAUUGGGCGAAAUAACGGGUGCUAAAACAGUGCCCAGGGUAUUCCUCAACGGAGAGUGUUUAGGAGGUGGUACCGAUGUGAAGAAAUUGUACCAGAGUGGCGAACUUGCGAAAAAAUUUUGAAUUUUAAUUUAUGAAGUGUCUUUGGGACAAAUGAAAAA